AAACCACUACCCAAACAACUUUCCCACAAAAACCAACAAAAAAAAUAAACAAACACGUUCCCAUAUUCAUCACCAUCAUCAGUCAUCAUUCAUCAUUCAUCAUCGAUCAUCCAUCAUCAGGGAAGCCUUUCGCAACUCGUCUCAACUGCCGUUCACUUUCCGGCAAACACUUUCCCUACUCUUCUCGCCGUCUGUUAUCUGAGCUAGUAACCGUUAAGUCUGUCAAUCUUUAACUUUGACUAUUUCAGCUUGUUUAAGUUUUAGUUAAUUUUCACCUUUUAUGUGGAUUUGUUGUUUUAAGAUGUGAAAAAAAAAGCUCAGUGCUUUGAAUUUGAAACUCAUGGAAAAAUAGGCGCUUAUUUUUUUGUAAAGUUGAUUUGGUUUAAGGGCUAUUUGGUAUGUGGGUUGCUGUUAAUUGGAAUCAUGGAUGUGUUGGUGUACUGUUUUUGGACUUUUGGGGAAGAACUGAAGCUGAUUAGUUGUAAUUAUUAGGAUAGUUUUUCUUUUUGGGGGUUUUGGAGCUCUGAUCUGUAGCUGGGAUAGGGUUAAAGUUCUAGUUUGUUGUUGUUAAAUUGUCUUUUUUGAGGUUAAAUUACUGGGUUUGGAUCUCUUGGUUAACUAUGGAGGCUAGAUUUGGAAGUGAUGCUCAUCAUUUUUACGGUAUGAAUCCGGCCAAUUUGCGGGCAGUAGGGAAGAGGACAUUGGAGUGGGAUUUGAAUGACUGGAAAUGGGAUGGUGACCUUUUCAUUGCUAGCUCGAUAAAUCCGGUGUCAGCUGAUAGCACGGGAAGGCAGUUUUUCCCACUGGGGUCUGGGAUUCCUGGGAAUUCGUCCAAUAGUUCAUCAUCAUGCUCUGAUGAAGUGAAUCUGGAAACUGAAAAAGGGAAAAGGGAAUUGGAGAAGAAGAGGAGGGUUAUUGUGGUUGAAGAUGACAGUCCGAAUGAAGAAGCAGGUAGCCUUACUUUGAAGCUGGGGGGCCAGGGUGGUCAUGGUUAUCCAAUUAGCCAAAGGGAGGGAACUAGUGGGAAGAAGACUAAGUUGGGUGGAGGUUCUGGAAAUCGUGCAGUUUGUCAGGUUGAGGACUGUGGGGCUGAUCUGAGCUGUUCCAAGGAUUAUCAUAGACGACAUAAGGUUUGUGAGAUGCAUUCCAAGGCUAGUAAGGCACUGGUCGGAAAUGUCAUGCAGCGAUUUUGUCAGCAGUGUAGUAGGUUUCAUGUCCUUCAAGAGUUUGAUGAAGGUAAGAGAAGCUGUCGCAGACGUUUGGCUGGCCACAAUAAAAGGAGGAGGAAAACAAAUCCUGACACUGUUGUCAAUGGCAAUUCACUGAAUGAUGAGCAGACGAGUGGUUAUCUUCUGUUAAGUCUUUUGAAGAUACUUUCUAACAUGCAUUCUAACAGAUCUGACCAGACUACAGAUCAGGAUGUGCUAUCUCAUCUUCUAAGGAGCCUUGCAAACCAUACUGGUGAACAAGGGGGAAGAAACAUAUCUGGGCUGUUGCCUGAACCUCAAGAUUCAGAAGCUGUUUCGGCUUUGUUUUUGAAUGGCCAAGGCCCUCCUCGGCCUUUCAAGCAACACCAUACUGGAGCUGCAUCAGAGAUGGCAGAGAAAGGAGUAAGUUCUCACGGUACUAGGGGUGUCAAAGUCCAAGGCAAUACAGCUGGAGCUGUCAAGAUGAAUAAUUUUGAUUUGAAUGACAUAUACAUUGACUCAGAUGAGGGGACAGAUGACAUAGAGAGGUCACCUGCAGCUGUGAAUACAGGGACUAGCUCUCUUGAUUGCCCUUCGUGGAUCCAACAGGACUCUCAUCAGUCAAGUCCACCUCAGACCAGUGGGAAUUCAGAUUCAGCAUCUGCACAAUCACCUUCUAGUUCCAGCGGUGAUGCUCAGAGCCGUACGGAUAGGAUCGUGUUUAAAUUAUUUGGAAAAGAACCAAAUGAUUUUCCAAUGGUCUUGCGAGCACAGAUUCUUGACUGGCUAUCUCAUAGUCCCACUGACAUUGAGAGCUAUAUUAGGCCUGGUUGCAUUGUUCUGACAAUUUACCUUCGUCAAGCGGAGGCUGCAUGGGAUGAACUUUGCUGUGAUCUGAGUUUCACUUUGAGUCGGCUUCUGGAUUGUUCAGAUGACACUUUCUGGAGGAGUGGAUGGAUUUAUAUAAGAGUGCAAGAUCAGAUAGCAUUCAUUUAUAAUGGUCAGGUUGUUGUAGAUACAUCUUUACCUCUCAGAAGCAACCAUUAUAGCAAAAUUACAAGUGUCAAACCAAUUGCAAUAUCUGCAACUGAGAGAGCUCAAUUUUCAGUUAAAGGUAUCAAUCUGUCUCGGCCAGCCACAAGGUUGCUUUGUGCUGUAGAAGGGAAGUGUCUGUUACAGGAAACUACUAAUGAGUUGAUGGAUGGCAAUGACGAUUACAAGGAGCAAGAUGAGCUUCAGUGUGUUAACUUUUCUUGCUCUGUCCCUACUGUGACUGGAAGAGGAUUCAUUGAGAUUGAAGAUCAUGGUUUCAGUAGCAGUUUCUUCCCUUUCAUAGUUGCUGAGGAAGAUGUUUGUUCAGAGGUCCGUAUGCUUGAGAGUGUGUUGGAGAUUUCUGACACUGAUGCAGAUGUUGGCGGAACUGGAAAAUUGGAAGCCAAACAUCGAGCCAUGGACUUCAUUCAUGAAGUUGGUUGGCUUCUUCAUAGAUGCCAAUUGAAGUCUAGAUUGGGGCACUUGGAUCCCAAUCCAGAACCCUUUCCUUUAAGUCGGUUCAAGUGGCUUAUGGAAUUCUCAAUGGACCACGAAUGGUGUGCUGUAGUGAAGAAACUCUUAAAUAUUCUUCUUAAUGGAGUAGUGGGUUCAGGGGAGCACCCUUCCCUUAACCUUGCAUUAACAGAGAUGGGUCUUCUUCACAGAGCUGUUAGGAAAAAUUGUAGACCUCUAGUGGAGCUCCUUUUAAGAUUUGUCCCUGAGAAAGCUUCAGAUAAAUUAGGAUUUGAAAACGAGACAUUAACUGGUGUCGAUCAUAAAAGCUUCUUGUUUAGACCUGAUGUUUUAGGCCCUGCAGGUUUGACUCCUCUUCACAUUGCGGCCGGUAAAGAUGGUUCUGAGGACGUGCUGGAUGCAUUGACUGCUGAUCCUGGAAAGGUUGGCAUUGAUGCUUGGAAGAGUGCUCGAGACAGCACUGGCUCUACACCUGAAGAUUAUGCUCGCUUACGUGGCCACUACUCGUACAUCCACCUGGUACAGAAGAAAAUUAAUAAGAGAACAGCUUCUGGGCAUGUGGUGGUUGACAUUCCUGGUGCCCUCUCAGAGUGCAGCAUGAACCAGAAGCAGAAUAAUGAGUCAACCUCCAGCUUUGAGAUUGGCCGGCUUGAAUUGAGAUCCAUGCAACGACAUUGCAAGCUUUGUGAUCAGAAGCUGGCUUAUGGCUGUGGAACAACCAGCAAGUCAUUGGUUUACAGGCCUGCAAUGCUCUCCAUGGUAGCCAUUGCUGCAGUCUGCGUCUGUGUUGCUCUACUAUUUAAGAGCUGCCCUGAGGUUCUUUACGUAUUCCGACCCUUCAGGUGGGAAUUGUUGGACUACGGAACAAGCUGAAGUCCAGUAACUCCCAAAAUCAGUCGCGUAUAAUAGGUGGUUUGUAUUUGUAUCCGUUUAUAAUAGACUGUAAAGUUGAGAUCGGUGUACAACACCAGAGUUUGGACUGAGUUUUCUGAUGCAGUAAUAUUAUUGACAUCUAUAUAUAUAUAUUUAUUUGUUGUUCAGUCAUCGAUGUAAUGUUAUCUGGGUAUUAACAUAAUAACAUAUGCAUAGUUCUCUCUCUGGGGUCUGAGGUUCCUGA